AGCACAGUGCUUUGCCACCCAGGCUGAACAGUCACAGACUUUGUACGUCAACUUUCAAACCCCAGGAUAGUUCUCAUCGAUUUUAAAGGCACUUCCAUCAGGGAUCAAUGCAGAUUCUGUGAGAGGGUAACUACCUCUCAGAUCAGGAGAGUGUGGUCCUGAAGAGAGUCGCUGAGCGCUGGAAUAUGAUGCUGUCACACCGCGUUGGACGAGUGUGUCAUGUGCUUGUGCUGGUGUUGUGUCUGUCUGCGGCUGAGGACUUCGACUGGUCAGCGAACAACCACGACUCCUUCUAUUAUGGCACUUUUCCAAAUGGAUUUUCGUGGGGAGCCGGCGGUUCAGCCUAUCAGACAGAAGGAGCCUGGGACAAAGAUGGGAAAGGACUGAGCAUCUGGGAUGUGUUCACUCAUAAGAAGGGAAAGACGUUCUUGAAUGAUACUGGAGACUCUUCGUGCGAUGGAUACUACAAAAUCAAGGAUGACAUUUUGUUGAUGAAAGAGCUGAAUCUGAAUCAUUAUCGGUUCUCCAUCUCCUGGCCCAGGAUCAUGCCAACUGGUAUCAGGUCUGACCAUGUGAAUGAGAAAGGACUGAAGUAUUAUGAUGUUCUUAUUAAUGAGCUUCUUGAAAAUAAUAUCACUCCCAUAGUGACCCUGUAUCAUUGGGACCUGCCACAGGUUUUGCAAGAGAAAUAUGGUGGGUGGCAGAACAUCAGCAUGAUUAAUUAUUUCAACGAUUUUGCCAACCUUUGCUUUGAACGAUAUGGGGACCGUGUGAAAUACUGGAUAACCUUUAAUAACCCAUGGGCAGUGGCGGUGGAAGGAUAUGAAACUGGAGAACAUGCUCCAGGACUGAAGCUCAGGGGCACGGGGGCCUACAGAGCAGCUCACCACAUCAUUAAGGCACAUGCUAAGGUUUGGCACACUUACGAUUCUCAGUGGCGAAGCAAACAAAGAGGUAUGGUGGGUAUUUCACUGUAUGGGGACUGGGGAGAGCCUGUGGACAUCACUAACCAGAAGGACAUUGAGGCUGCUGAGAGAUAUGUGCAGUUUUACAUAGGCUGGUUUGCAACACCCAUCUUUCAUGGAGAUUAUCCUCAAGUGAUGAAGGAUUUCAUAGGGAGGAAAAGUACACAGCAGGGCUUGGGAACGUCUCGCCUUCCCUCCUUUUCCUCUCAGGAGAAGAGUUACAUCAAAGGCACCUGUGACUUCCUAGGCGUGGGACACUUCACGACACGCUACGUCACCCAAAGCUUCCCAUCCAACCGUGGCACCUACUUCUCAGAUCGGGAUAUAGCGGAGCUGGUCGACCCACGUUGGCCCGAUCCUGGUUCAGAGUGGCUUUACUCGGUUCCUUGGGGCUUUCGCCGUCUGCUCAACUUUAUAAAGACUCAAUAUGGGAACCCCAUGCUCUUCAUCACUGAGAACGGGGUCUCAGAGAAGAUGACGUGCACAGAACUGUGUGAUGACUGGAGGAUUCAGUAUUACAAGGAUUACAUCAAUGAGAUGCUCAAAGCUAUCAGGGAUGGAGUGAACGUGAAGGGCUACACCGCCUGGUCCCUGCUAGACAAGUUUGAGUGGGAUGAGGGUUACUCAGAGAGGUUCGGCUUGUACUACGUAGACUUCAAGAACAAAAAUAAACCUCGCUACCCCAAGGCCUCUGUUCAGUUCUACAAACGCGUCAUUAAUUCUAAUGGAUUUCCCAAUCAAAGAGAGGUUGAGAACUGGAAGAGGAAAGCUAUAGAGACUUGCUCCACCAGCAAUCAGCUCCUGGCUGCAGAUCCUUUAACCAGCCACAUGGAGAUGGUGACUGAGGUUGUGGUUCCUACGGUGUGCACCCUCUGCAUUUUGAUCAGCGCUGUGUUUCUCAUGUUCCUGCUGCGUAAACGCAAUUAGCUCACUUUUUUAUAACGAAAAAUAACUGAAUUCGGACAGUUUCUCAUUUAAUACUCUUUGCAGGCAGGGAUGCUAAGGUUAAAGAUAAUAUGCUGAAUUUAAAAGGUACAUUAUAACUUUUGGCCCUCUUGCAGUUAAAAAACAAAACUGCAUGCAUUUUGUAGAAGUACAUUGUUUUGGUCGUGCUUCGACUCGGGACUGCGGGACUGUGCGGAUGAAUAUGGUUAUCCUACUGUUUUGUAAACUGUUUGUUCUUUAAUUCCAAUUUGUUCCACACCACACGUGCGUCAAACUAGCCGGAGCGACUUCUCUAUAUUUAUGGAUAUGACAAGACAUGCAUGGGCAAGUUUACUUAAGUGAAUUGGGGUAAGACAAAAACAUGUUUUGGAGGAAGGAUUGAUUUUGAAUCAUUUAAAUUUAGUUAAUUUUCAACAACAACAAAAAGUUACAUAUUGUACCUUUAAAUGAUAUAGGCAAAUAGUCUUUCAGUUUUGGAUGUUCUCCACAGUUCUUUCUAUGUGGACUAAACCAGUUGCAUUCAACCCUACUGUUCAAAGGUUUGGGGUC